CCUCGCCCGGCUCUGGCAGCUGCAGGGGUGGGGGUGGGGGUGCCGGGAGAGGCCUGGGCCCCCACGUCCAGGCCCUUCUCUGCCCAGCUUGCCUGGCGCCCUUGCCAUAAACAUUCUCGGGGAGGGCAAGGGGGAAGCGAGAACCUGCAGCCAGCCCCAGUGACAAGAACAUGACCACUCGUGUGCCAAGAGAAGGAAAUUGACAGCGUCUGAUUCCCCAGAUCAACAAUCAAGAUUCUGAAGGUCAUAAACUUUCUGAUGGUGGUGGUAAGCCAUGGCGUCAGAUGAUAAAGUCGCCAUCUUAACUGAUGAUGAAGAGGAACAGAAGAGAAAGUAUGUGCUUGCUGAUCCCUUUAAUGGUAUUUCCAGGGAACCGGAACCACCUUCCAAUGAAACACCCACCUCCACAGAAACAACAGCUAUUCCUGAGGAGGAAAUAGACUGGGUAGAGAAACAUUGUGUCAAAAUAAACAAUGAUCUUCUGAUAUCCAAGGUCUUCUAUUUUUUCUUCUACUCUGCAUAUGGCUCUCUUUACCCACUCUUGCCUGUGUAUUAUAAACAGCUGGGAAUGUCACCCAGCCAGAGUGGAUUGCUAGUAGGUAUCCGAUACUUCAUUGAAUUCUGCAGUGCCCCCUUUUGGGGGGUAGUUGCAGAUCGCUUUAAAAAAGGCAAAAUCGUCCUCCUCUUUUCUCUUUUGUGUUGGGUUUUAUUCAACCUGGGCAUCGGAUUUGUCAAACCUGCUACCUUGAGAUGCGUACCAAAGAUUCCCCCAACAUCUCGUCCCACGAAUUCAAGUCAUCUGUUAACUGUCCUGCCAACCAACUCUUCUUCCAUUACCACAUCACCAAGAAUGCGUGAGAAAAGGAGCCUGCUCCCUUCCACCUGGCCGGUGAUUGUAGAAACGGGGCCCAAUGUCACAGAAACGGUCAUCUUUUCGACAGCUCCAAACAAGACCAGUAUGCCCACUCUGCAACCGCAGACAGACGAAAUUACUGACCAUAUUACGGACUUUACCUUGAGUCCAAGCACAGCAAGCCCUGCCUUCCCGGGAAACGUAACCACAGAGACAACCACCGCUAUUGUCAGUACCACCAAAUCUUUACCUUCUGAUCAAGUCACUCUUGUUUACGAUCAACAAGAAGUGGAGGCUAUAUUCUUGGUGAUCUUGGUAGUCGUCAUAAUAGGAGAAUUUUUCAGUGCCUCUUCUGUCACCAUUGUGGACACAGUAACACUCCAGUAUCUGGGAAAACACAGAGAUCGCUAUGGAUUGCAGCGCAUGUGGGGCUCCCUGGGCUGGGGCCUGGCGAUGCUGUCUGUGGGCAUUGGAAUUGACUACACUCACAUAGAAGUGCUCAUUGAUGGAAAGGGGUGUAAACCCCCUGAGUAUCGGAAUUACCAGAUCGUCUUCAUCGUCUUCGGAGUUCUCAUGACCAUGGCUUUGAUUGUCGCCACUCAGUUCCGGUUCCGCUACAACCAUUUCAAAAACAGUGAAAAUAAAGGAAAAGAGGUGGAGAUCCCUCAAGUGGAGAGGAACAGCUCCACAGAGUCCUCUGAGGAGACACCAACCACCACGAGCCAUUCACAGGCUUUCAACUUUUGGGACUUAAUCAGACUGCUCUGCAGUGUGCAGUACGGCUCCGUGUUGUUUGUGGCGUGGUUUAUGGGUUUUGGAUACGGCUUUGUGUUCACCUUUCUCUACUGGCAUUUGGAAGACCUGAAUGGAACUACAACCCUCUUUGGGGUCUGUUCAGUCCUGAGUCAUGUGUCUGAGCUGACAGCUUAUUUUUUUAGUCACAAGCUUAUUGAAUUGAUUGGCCACAUCAGGGUUCUUUACAUUGGUCUGGCCUGCAAUACAGCUCGCUAUAUUUAUAUUUCCUACCUGGAAAAUGCCUGGACUGUUCUCCCCAUGGAAGUUCUUCAAGGAGUGACGCACGCAGCCAUCUGGGCAGCAUGCAUCUCUUACCUCAGUGCAGCUGUUCCCCCUGAGCUGAGGACCUCUGCUCAGGGCAUCCUGCAGGGCCUUCACCUGGGUCUGGGGAGAGGUUGUGGUGCCAUGAUCGGAGGCGUAUUAGUCAAUUAUUUUGGGGCUGCUGCGACCUUUCGAGGAAUCGGCAUGGCCUGCCUGGUGAUCCUCCUGCUUUUUGCCCUGAUCCAGUGGUUGGCAGUGCCAGAUGAGGAAGAAGACAAGACAAUGCUGGCAGAAAGGAUUCCUGUUCCCUCUAGUCCUGUUCCCAUAGCAACCAUUGACUUGGUACAGCAACAGACAGAGGAUGUCAUGCCACGCAUUGAGCCCAGACUUCCGCCCAGGAAAACCAAGCACCAGGAAGAACAGGAGGAUGUGAACAAGCCAGCUUGGGGGGUCAGCUCCUCUCCCUGGGUGACUUUUGUCUAUGCACUCUACCAAAUUAAAGAGAUGAUGCAGCUAACAAGAGACAACCGUGCUCCUGAGAUACAGCCUUUGCAGGGGACCAAUGAGAAUCGGGAAAAUUCUCUAGCUGGUGGAGUCCGGCCUGUCCCAUAUGAGACUCACUCUGACCCAUCUAGAAACCAGCCAUCCCCUCAAGCAGCAGCAUCUCAGACGCAGAGCAGCCCCACUCACCCCAGUGUGGACCAGCGUGUGGAGGAGAGCGAGGACCAACAGGCUCAGCCUGCCACUGGGGGACACUGAGGGCUCCCACUCAUCUCACACCCUGCAUGGAACCAGGCUCCUCUGCCAGGACAGAGGGAGAGUCUCCCUGAACCUAAGACAUGCCUCACCUUGAGAAGCAUAGCACUAUAUACGCUUCUAAAUACCUGAACUCAUCAACAUGGAAACACACAUACAUACACAGGAGCUACAGUACAUACUGGCAGAAACAGAUAAACUUUCCAUAAUCCCACUGGAAUCACAGAAGGGGAAUGGGAGUUCGGUGAAGACUUCCAGUUCUUCGGUUGGUUAGGUUAAGGACUAUAGGACUUCUUUGCCAGUGCAGUAAGGGUUGAAAGCAGCAGUUACACUAAGUAAGUGGAGGGAAAGGAAGUGUUUCAAGGUGAAUGCUGACACAAUUUCCCUCUUCUGAUUAUUUAUUCUAAUUACUUGGUUCUUAACGCAAACUGGGAAGAAAUAAAAUGUAUCUAUAAUUUUGUUUCUCUUGAAGAGAACUAUUUAAAAAAUUACAUGACAUAUUUAAAAAAGUAGCCAGAAAAGUUACUAGCUUAUAUGCUUUUGUUUAAAAAAAAAAGGAAAAAGUUUCAUCAGAAACUUGGCAUAUCUCUAGCAAAUAUAUUUUUAUAUGUAUAUGGUAUAUAAUGAAAAUAGUCAAUUCUUUGAGCAGCAAAAGCCGUAUUGACUACGCAAACUAACCUGAGCUUUAAAACGCCUUUUGUUUUAAAUGGGCUUUAAGACCAGAGGAGGGAAUAUUUCAAAUAAACCAACCAAUUCAGUAUCCUAUGGCUUGACAGACAAGGGUUUACUAAAUAUUAAUCAAUACUGUAAAUAGCCUCGAUCACUGUUUAACAGUUUUAUAGUGAUUUGGGCUCUAAGUAGCUGAUGGAAUUUUAAAAAAAAUUACCGAAUUCCUAGGGGUUUCUUUAAUUAAGCAGUACUAUUUACAAAUAACAGUAUAAGAUUUAAGUGCCUGGGAGAGGGAUACAAUUUUUAAAAAUUACACAAUGGGUAAGUUUUUGUUUUGUUUUUGGUGAGGGGAAAAGGUGGUGAAUAGGAAGCCAGGAAUAGAAAGGAUGAGAACUAUAUUUUCCAAUGACUAAAAAAACAAAUCUCAGUAUAUUCUUUUCCAUGAAGAUACUGUCAGACACUGGACAGAUCAGAUAGGGGUGUGCUACUGUAAAUAUCAUAGCUACAGUCAGAACUGUGGCUGAGUGAUUCAUGCAUAAAGCCUGCUGCUAAAAAUGAAAAACUGAGGAUAUGAGGAAGCCUUGGGGGAGGGCUGUGGAAAAGGGAAUGCUGCUUUAGCUGAAUGAAGGUCAAUUAUGGUAUGUGUAAUAACUGUGAGUGAGCACAGGAGAGAGGAAAGGAAAGAACAGAGUUAAAAAUGAACAACUCACCUUACCUCUGACCCUGAUUAGACAGGAUGAGUUGUAAACUGAGGGCUUCUCCAUGACACCAUACUUCUGCCCAAUACUGCAUCUGGGAGAAGAAAUUCUAUACUUGGAUGUCUAGCUUUGCCACAAAACACAGCUUAAAAAUAAAAUAACAGAAAGAAAUAGCAUUAAGCAAAUAGUUAUUUUUGCACUUGAACUGAAAACGUACUGUACUGUAAAUUAUCAUGACUCAUUUUAAGUGACCUUUAAAAUCAGAUGUAUUUAUUAUGCUUAUGUAAUUAUAGAAAUAAAGAAAUGGAUGACAGGCUGAACCUCACCUAUGAAUGUACAGUAUGUGGAUUUGUGAAACUGACUCUAGGAAGUCAAAAACUUAUACUGUGUCUUGUGUUUACAGUUCUGAUUUAUUCCUUUGAAAAGCCUGCUGUUUUGGAAAUGCACAGUUGACAUGUUGAAAUAAAAAUAAAUAUCAUUUUUAAAAAUUUCUUAAAUGAUAAAGAUGUGACCAAACAAAUAAAAGCCCUUUACUCUGUAAUAACUGUGA